AUGCACGGUUGCUAUAUGAUUACAUGUAAAACAAUUGCGCAUAAGUUAAUAUAAGAUCAAAGAGAAUUUGCUUUAAUAUUUUCUGGUUUAUGCCAUGAUGUAGCACAUACUGCCCGUACGAAUAUGUUCGAAAUAAACUCCAUGUCUAAACUGGCUAUUAGAUAUCACGAUAAAUCUGUUUUAGAAUAACACCAUAUCGCCACUACUUUUAAAAUAUUAAGCAAAAAAGAUUGUAAUAUAUUUGUAAAUAUGACUUUUGAGAAAAUAUAGGAAAUAAGAAAGUAUAUAAUAAACAAUAUUCUAGCAACUGAUAUAAGAUAACACUUUGAUAUUAUUAAAGAGUUCGAAGUUCUGUUUGGAAAUAAAAACUUAAAGUAGAAUGACGAUAAACCAUUCUAAGAAGCUGAUAUUAAUAUGAUUACAGGAAUUAUUAUACAUGCUGCAGAUUUUCAUGGAAAUCCACAGCCAUUUGAAAUAAGCAAAAAAUGGAGUUUACUCGUUAAUUAAGAGUUUUAAGCCUAGUUCAAAGAAGAAGGUGAAAAAAAUAUAUCAUAAACACCUUAUUUGAAGGAUUUGGAUAAAAGAGAUAUUCUAGCAAAAAGUGAAAUAGGUUUUAUAAAUGCAAUAGUUAAACCUUUGUGGGAAUUACUAAAUAAAUUUCUUGGAAAUGAUCUAGAAUUUAGUAUAAAAAAUUUAUAUGCUAAUAUUUAGGAAUGGGAAUAAAUUAGUAAAGAAACUAUUAAAAAUGAUAAAUGA